AUGAAAACCAUGUCCGAAGCACACUUGGAACAUGUUGCCGAGGACGACACAUCAAAGGCGGCAGUCUUCAGGGACCUGACACCCAAGGAGCAGUAUCAGCAACUCUGGGCUAACCUCAAAAACGACAAGCGAUUUGUUAUUUGGUCCCUCUAUGUCAUGGCCCUAGUCUUUGGCUGGGGUUAUGAUAAUGGACUAUCUGGUGCCGCUAUUGCCUUCCCCGAAUUCAGAAAAGCAUAUGGAAACUACUACUCCGACGGGGAUCAAUAUGUCAUCCCAGCACUCUGGCAAAGUCUAUGGAACGCAGCUUCCACAAUCGGUCAGGUUUUUGGCGCUUUUCUCACCGGUCAAUUUGCCGAUUAUCUGGGGAGGCGAGCUAUAUUGUGGAUUGCCGUCAUCCUGUCCAUUGCAUCAUCGUUCGCCCUGGUUUUCGCCCCCAACCUGCCGGUGCUCUUCGUCUCGAAACUCUUACUGGGCUUCUCGAUCGGAUUCUCAACAGUAACUCCCCCUCUCUACGUGACCGAAAACGCACCCGCGCCUCUACGAAGCACGCUAAGCUCAUUAACCAAUGUCAUUAUCGUGCUUGGAUAUUUCCUCUCCUCCCUGGCGGGGUACGGCUCUUCCCAGAUCUCUGGAAGAUGGAGCUAUAAAUUGGCUUUUGUCUUGACGUUUCUCAUUCCAGGCCUAUUUGCCCUUGUCCUGCCAUUCCUUCCAGAGUCACCAGUUUGGUACGUCAAGAAGGGAAGAGAUGAUGAUGCCCGAAAGGCAAUCAUAAAGCUGUUCGGCAAGGACACAGACGUUGAACAAAGACUCGAGUACAUCAAAUCAGAGUUGGAAGUGAUGGCCGGAGAAGCCAGCCUUGCCAGCGGGACAAGCUGGAAGGCCAUCUUCAGCAAGGAGCACCGAGCGCGGACUCUAGUUGCCGUGCUGGGUCUUCAGUCUCAGAAUUUCUCCGGUGGUUACUUUGCCAAUACGUAUCAGACCUAUUACUUCGAACUGAUCGGCCAGCACAACGCUUUCGGCUUGACUGCUAUUUCUUCUACACUCCAAUUUCUGUCUAACUGCGUCGCUGUUACCCUAUCAGAUGUCCUACCUCGUCGAAAGGGCUUAGUUGGGGGUGGCACUUUGCUCUGUGUUUGGUCAGUAAUCAUUGGCGGCACCUCGCUUGCCAGCAAAUCCAACACUGCCGCCAAUACUACCCUACUGGCUUUUAUGAUCACUUGGUCUAUGCUGUACACCGCUACCGUAGGAUGUUACGGGUGGGCCGUUGCUCAAGAGACUGCCUCACAAGUCACGAGGCCUAAGACCAUUGCAUUUACGCUCAUGUGCCAGCAAUUGACCGCACUGAUGCUGUCGUCCGUCUUCCCCUACUUUAUCAACCCGGAUCAGCUUAAUUGGGGCGGAAAGGUGAUGUUCUUAUUUGUUGCGGCUGAGGUUGUUAUCCUGAUCGGUCUCUUCUUUGUGCAACCAGAGACGAAGAACAGAACUUAUCAUGACAUUGACACGCUCUAUACACACAAGAUUCCAGCGAGGAAGUUCAGCCAGUAUGUUGUUGAGGAUGAUGUCCCCAGGAAGAAGCUUGCUUGA